CUAAGCACUGCAUGGUUCACACCUGACAACAUCGUAGCCGCUUCGGUACAUCCGCGACAAACCGAUUACCGUAAAUGUGUUACUUCCGCGCCUUACGAUAAUGGCGAACAACGAUAAGUCAUUUUUGGACAAAGUGUUGAAUAUGGUCAAGGAGGAAACCUCCAAAGAUGUUCCUUUGAUUCAAUUUAAACAUCCCAAGGAGUUGGAGAAAAUCUUAGACCUGGACGUGACAAAAGGCGUAAGCGACGAAAAGCUGGAGGUGUGCGUUCGACAAAUUCUACAGUUUAGUGUCAAGACCAACAAAGCCACCUUCCGAAACCAGCUUUAUGGAGCUUUGGACCCCUACGGACUAGCAGGAGCCUGGGUGGCAGAGGCCUUCAACACUAGCCAGUACACGUUCGAAGUGGCACCAGCCUUCACACUAAUAGAGUUAAAGAUAAUCAACCAUAUCCUCAAACUAUUUGGCAUUCCCGAUGGAGACGGGAUUUUCAGCCCUGGAGGCAGUAUGUCCAUGAUGUACGCUGUGGUCGCAGCUCGGUACAAUGCGUUCCCUGACGUUAAGCGGAAUGGAAUGUGGAAUCUUCCAAAAAUGAUACUUUUCACAUCUAAAGACAGUCACUACUCAAUAAUGAAGGCCGCUCAUUGGCUCGGUCUCGGCACGGACUGCGUCCGGGUAAUCAAAGCGGAUGAACGAGGGGUCAUGGUAACCGAAGCGUUGAAUAAAGCCAUAGAGGAAGAAAUAGAGGCCAACAAUAUUCCCUUAUUGGUAAAUGCUACAGCUGGUACCACAGUCCUUGGUGCCAUCGACGAUCUGCAAUCAAUUGCGGCUACGUGCAAGAAGUUUGGCGUCUGGUUGCAUGUUGAUGCUUGCUGGGGCGGAAGUUUAAUACUCUCCUCAAAAUACCGGUACCGACUGAAAGGUAUUGAACAGGCAGAUUCAGUAUCAUGGAACCCUCACAAAAUGGUUGGCGUGCCCCUUCAGUGUUCUGUUUUCUUGGUGCGGAAACGAGGUCUACUUCAUAGAGCCAAUGCGGCCGCUGCACAGUACCUCUUCCAACAGGACAAGUUCUACGACGUGAGUUACGAUACUGGAGACAAAAGCGUUCAAUGCGGGCGCAAGAUCGACGCGUUCAAAUUAUGGCUGCUCUGGAAGGCGCGAGGUGAUUCAGGUCUUGAACGCCUUACGGAUCGCGUAAUGCAUAUCGCCGAGUUUUGCAUGGCGUCUAUUGCGUCGCGGGAGGGGUUUCGGCUAGUACACGAUCAGCUGGAUUGCCCCAACGUGUGCUUCUGGUACAUACCGCGAUUUAUGCGCGGGCACGACGAGAACCAGCAGUGGUGGGAGUUGAUGCAUAAGAUUACUCCAAAAAUUAAGGAGUUAUUGACACUAAGUUCUCAACUGAUGGUGGCAUACUCGCCCGUACGAGAGUACAAGAAUUUCUUUCGGCUGGCGUUCACGUUCCAUCCGCUGUUGGAAGAAUGGCAGGUCAUUAAUAUGCUGGACGCCGUCGAACUGUGCGGUGAGCAAGUCACAUCGACCAUGAUCCACGACGACAAGUGACUUAAGACGGACUAGAUCAGAGCCGGAAAUUUGCUUUUGAUUCAGGCAUUCAGUACAACUAUUUUUCUUAAUAUCUCUCGGCUAUCUUAGUAAUCUUAGUCUAUGGCUGUUCGUUUGUGGUCUGAAUUCUAUAAGUUGCGCUUUGCUCGCUGCAGACCGGACGCACUCAAUUGACUGGCAAGUAAAGUAGCUAAGUGCUACGCUUUAUUCUGGUUGUUAUGUUCUGAAUGCCAGAUAAUAUUAUAUAGAGCGUUUUUUUUAAAUGGACAGUAUAGGGAAAUCCGAAACCAUAGAAGAUGCAAAAUUGUCUUAGGAACCAUUAUUUUUUUUGUGAAAACAAUUUUAGCAUAUUCAAUGUUUUGGUCCAGUGUGGGUUGUCCAUAAAAAUGAAUAAAAGCGAUCAAAAAUUUUUUUAGUGUAUUUAUGUGUAUUUUUUUAGUAGUUAGUCAUGACGGGAUCAU